CGGGGCCGCGCUGAGCAGGGCGCGGGGCUCCCCCUUUGCUCUCCUGCACCCCUCCGGGGGCUCCGGGCGCCCACUGAGCCGAAGUCCAGCUUCAGGGGCCAGCGAGCCCAGGAGGGAGAGAUCCAGCCCGGCCAGCGCUGCUGCGGUUUCUCCUGGACGGCGCGCCCUUCCCGCGAGCCUGGCUUGGGGCAUUUCUCGUCUGUGCUGCCUUGGAACGUGGCUCAGUGGUUAGAGCGCCUGCUCAGCGCCCAAGAGGUCCCCGGUCCUGUCCCUGGGCACCUCCAGGCAGGACCGAGGAAGGACUCCCCUUCCGAAACUCCGGAGAGCCGCUGCCGGCCAGUGUGAGCAGCACUGCGCUAGAUGGACCGAGGGCCAGCUUGGUCUAAGGCACCUUCCCGCGAGCCAGAGGCACCGGGUUCUCUGCGAGAUGCACCCAGGAAUCCCGGAGGCUGUGGGACCCUCAUCCCUCGCCGCCGUGCCCCAGACGGCGGCUUCUGGGGGAACCGAGGCCAUCGCCCCCCAGCAGUCCAGGAUGGAGAACUUCAGGAAGGUCAAGACGUCGGAGGAAGAAAGCCCGCUGCCCUUCGUGGGCCUCCCCUCGGACGUGAUUGAGAUGAAGGUGAAGGAGGGCAGCAAGAUCCGCAACUUGAUGGGCUUCGCCAUGGGCAGGGUGGCGCGGGAGGACACCCGGCAGAUCGUCUUCAGCGGCUGCGGCCGGGCUGUCACCAAGACCAUCACCUGCGUGGAGAUCAUGAAGCGGAAAGUGGGCGGCCUUCACCAGGUCACCAAAGUGCAAUACAGGACUCUCCUGGAGGUCUGGGAGAACAAGGCAGCCCGGCCCGAGGGGGGCCCCGCAGAACACCUCACCGUCCACAAGAACGUGCCCUCCAUCUGCAUCCUGCUCUCCAAGGACCCCCUGGACCCCAGCCAGAUGGGCUAUCAGCCCCCGGAUCUCCCCGGCGGCCUGUGGGUGGGCGAGGGGGGCAGCCAAGAGGACAGGUCCAGCGCCGCCCGGAAGGGAAGGAAGAGGAGGCUGGCGCUGCCCCACGAGGAGGACCCGCGGAACAAGAAGGCUCAGGUACCGGAGAUCCAGGACGACUCGGGGGCCCUGGAGGGUUGUGGACACGGACGGCAUUGCUGCCCUACUUGUCUUGAGCAACUGUGAGAAAAGCCAAGCCUUAUAUGCAGACUGAGGGACAGAGAGAGGCCGGGCGCAUUCCGGAUUUGCAGGUG